GUGCUGUACCACCUGCUGAUUGCUACGACGAAGGGCAAGGCCCUCACGAUUCUACAGAUGGUGCCGAAGAACAACGGUGCCAUAGGAUGGAAGAGACUAAAGGAGGAGUACGAGCCGAAGUCUGGAGGAAGGCUGACGGCGAUGCUGAUGGGAGUUCUGAAGCCCGAGUGGGAGACCGCCGUCAGGAGCGGUGUCCGUGCUUGGGAGGCGGCCUGGAAGGAGUGGGAGAAGAGUGUCUCGCUCUACGAGGCCCAAUCCAUGGAGAAGGUCACGGAGGGCACGAGGAUUGCUGUUGUGGUCAGGUGGGCUCCAGAGGACGUGAAGGCUGUGAUUCGCCAGUCCCUGGGGGCGAUUGGCCAGGACUACAACAAGCUGGCCAGAGUGGUGACCGACUAUAUUGCGAGUGGGAAGGUCUACGAGACCACAGGAGCUCCCCACGGCAUCCAGUACACGAAUGAUGGCCCCAUGCCCAUGGACGUCGGACUGGUGAAGGACAACGGCGACGUCUGUGGCAUCUCCAAGCCGCCGAAGGGGUACGGCAAGCAAGCGAGGAUCGACGCAGGAAAAGGCCGUGGAGAUCGCGACUCUUGCGCGAACUGCGGCAAGAAGGGCCACUGGGCAAGAGACUGCUGGGCCCCAGGCGGUGGAGCGGCCAAGAACUCGAAAGGCAAGGGAAAGGAUAAGGACCCGAAAGGCAAGGGCAAGGACAGGAAAAGAUGCGACAAGUGCGGGAAGAUAGGCCACGAGGCCAAGGAUUGCAGGUCACACAUCAAGUGCGACAAGUGCGGCAAGACGGGUCACAAGGCUUCAGAGUGCAGGUCGAAGCCAGAGAACGCCGAGGUCAAGAGGAUCGUUAACAAUGAGGACGAGCUGUGGGUCAUGGGCGUCACCGAGAGCGUGAACACCGUCAACGACAACAGCAGGUACGUGUGGGUCUCCAUCGACAGCGGGUCGGAUGCAGACGGAUGUCCCCUCAGCUUCGGUCACUCGAGCGACGACGUCGAGGACCCCACCAGCGUGGAGCUGAGGACGGCCACGAACGAGGAGAUCAAGGACUAUGGCGAGCGGAAUGUUGGCAUUGCCUUCCUGGACGAGACGGGCAAUGAGGUGAUGGCCACGAAUCGGUUCCGCAUUGGCGACUUCAGCAAACCCGUACUGAGCUGCGGGAUCAGGGUCAUGAGAGGUGCUGUCAUUCAUCUGGAGCAGGGGAACAGCUACAUGGCCCCUCCGAGCUUGAACGGCACCCAGAAGAAGAUCCCUCUGACGAUGAUCGGGAAGAGCUUCUACGCGAAGAGCAAGCUGUACCGCCAGUGCAACCUGAACUGCAGGCUGCGCACGCUCUGCUGCCCACGGUGCCGCCACAGGAUCAUCAAGAAGCACCUGUACCACCACAGGCUGGACCUCCACGGGUCAAGGAAGCUCUGGAAGAACGUCAACGACGACUUCGAGAAGGAGCCAGAGGUACCCGUCGUGCAGAUAGACUACCAUUUCCUGAAGGACGAUGGCGAGGAGACGGAGGAUGCGGCCAAUAGAUUCUCCACCACGUUGGCCGUCAUUGACUGCGACACGGGCGUCCCUCUGCAGCUCAGCCUCCCUGAGAAAGGAGGCAAUCAGGACUACACAGUGACUGCGAUCGCGAGCUUUCUCCGCAGACUCGGGGCCACGAAGCUCAGACUUAGAACCGACGGCGAGCCGAGCAUCGUCAGCAUUGCGAACGCAGUGGCGGCCAAGAGGCUCAAGAUAGACAAGUACAAUGUCACGGUGGAGCAGACCCCCAGGUACUCGUCCCAGUCGCUUGGGGCAGUGGGGGCGCAGCAGAAGAUCCUACAGGGCCAGACCAGGACGAUCAGGGCCGCCACCGAGAAGAUGCUGGGUAUCAAGAUCGGUCCGAGUCACGUGUUGUGGCCGUGGCUGGUCAGGCAUGUUGGUUUCAUCACGGAGAUGUUCCAUGUCAAGUCAAGUGGAAGGACACCUCAUCAAGAUGCCACAGGCACCAAAUAUCAUGGAGUUAUUCUGAGGUUUGCAGAAGCUGCGAUGUUCAGACACCCUAUGUCGACGAGUGGCCACAUGACUGGAGGUAGACGCAGCCGCAAGUCGAAGUCGAUGUGGGAGAAGGGUAUCUUCCUGGGCAAGACCUACGAGAGCGACGAGUUCCUCAUGGGCACGAGCAGCGGGGUGCACCUGGUCAGGACGGUCCGCGGGCUCCCCGAGGAGAACCAGAGCGACCUGGAGCUCGUGGCCAAGAUGGUGGGAGUUCCCUGGGAUCGAGGCAUCGGCCAGAUCGGGAGGCCGAAGGGCAAGAAGAUUGUUGUCGUCCCAGCGGUCCCGCCUGAGGAGAAGCAAGACGAGCCAGAGGUCGAGGGCACCAGGCAGGAGAAGAGAGUUCCAGACGCCACGAUCGAAGGGGGGAUUGCAGACGACGGGCAGAGCUACAAGAGUGCCAAGAGUGGCUGCAUGGAAGACAUAGAGAUCUCCACGCCGAGGCAAGAAGGAGGUGCCAGCUCCUCGUCUCAGCAGGCUCAGCCCGCGGCUUCAGCCGCCACUCCGAGAGCCAGAAAACGGAGUGCUUCCGAAGCCGAGUCCCCUGAAGUCGAGAUGGGCACGGUUGGCGGCGUCGAAGGUUUCGUGAUGGACGAGGCUGACACGGUGCCCGCCAUGGACCCCGAGAUGGACAUUGACUGGCACGAGGGCGAGUACGACAUCGACCUCAUCAAGGCUGGCAAGUGCAAGGAGAUUAACACAAUGCAUGAGUUCGACGUGUUCGAGGCAGUGUCGCCUGACGAGAUAGAUUCUACGUGGACGUGGCUGUCCACCAAGUGGGUUUACCAGGAGAGGGGUGAUGAGAUCCGAUGCCGAUUCGUUGCCAGGGAGUUCAAGAGCAUGGACCCAGAGCGAGAAGGGUUGUUCACACCGGCAAGUGAGCCCACAACAGGGAGGCUCAUAGACUUCAAGGCGGUGAAGAUGAACCAACCCACGGUCAUCAUUGAUGCUGUCAACGCCUACUUCCACGCGAUGCAGGACAGGCUGGUGGCGGUUGUGCCGCCUAAGGAGUGGAUGGAGGCAGAGGCUCUCAAGGGCAACACGACACGGACGAUGUGGAGAAUGAAGAAGAAGCUCUACGGCGAACGGGAUGCGAGCAGGGGGUUCAGCGACUUCAUGACUGGUACCCUCGUGUCGGAGAUGGGGUUCAUCCAGUGCCCCGAUCAGCCGUGCUUCUAUCGCCGAGAGCGGGACUCCGUGGACCUGGAGCUCCACCAGGACGACAUCUACGCCACUGCGGGUGAUGUUGAGCUUCAGUCGUUCACGACGGAGUUGGCCAGCAAGGUCAAGAUUAAGGUGAGCAAGCUGCUCAAGGCUGGAGACAAGUACAAGCACUUGAAAGGAGGGAGAGUGAGAGUACAUGAUGGCAUGUUUUUGACUGGCAACAGGAAGUACGCCGACAAGAUCGUCGAGCUGUUGAACUUGGGCAAGGCCAAGAGCUCGCCUACUCCCAUCGUGACGAGGCUGCUGGAGGACGAUCUCAAGGACCCGUUGGACGCAGAUGACACCACGCUCUACAGGCAGUGCGUGGGCAUUGCGAGGUACAUGAUCAACUACAUCACGGAGGCCACGUUCGCAGUGCACGUGUUGAGUAAGAGGAUGUCGAAGCCCACCGUCAAUGACAUGAAGAGGCUCAAGCACCUGGGCAGGUAUCUACGUGGAGUUCGUGACUACGGGCUGUUCUUCCCCAAAGAGGGUGAGGUGGAUAUCCUGGAGUGCUACACCGACUCGGACUGGGCUGGGGACACCAUCGACAGGAAGAGCGUAUCGUGUGGAGUGUUGAGCUGUGGUGGCUGCACGCUCCUAGAGUACUCGCGCGGCCAGUGCACGCAGGCGCUGAGCUCAGCCGAGGCGGAGUACUACGCGGCGGUGACGGUGGCAGCCGAGGCGAUUCACAUCCAGAGCGUGAUGAAGUUCCUUGACAUGGACGUGAAGAUCAGGGUCAGGAUGGACUCGAGUGCAGGAAAGGCGAUCUGCCACCGCAUCGGGGUCGGCAAGAUUCGCCACCUGGAGGUCCGCACCUUGUGGCUUCAGGCGAAGGUGCGGGACAAGAAGCUGGCGGUGGUCAAGCAGGCCGGGGAGACCAACCUGGCCGACAUCGGGACCAAGGCGCUGGCGAGCCAGAGGUUUCACUGGCUGCGGAGGCAGCUAGGGCGGCGCCCGCUGGAGGGCGCAGACGAGAUCGAGGAGAGCACCGCGGCCCGAGUCAAUUUCGUGAGCGACACGACGUCCAAGAUGGCGAAGGUCGGAGCGGCCUUGAUAGCCCUCAUGGACAGCCUGGGCUCGGUGAAGGCAGACGGUGAGUGCGACGUCUACGGCUACGAGACGGACAAGAAGGAGAUCAUCCUGAAGGACACGCGCCUGGGCACGGGCGUGCACCUCGAGGGCGUGUUGCUCAUCGGGGUGGUGAUCCUCAUGGCAAUCCUGUUCUGCGCAGCGGGUUGCUGCGCGGGCUGGUGUGUGGGCUACUUCAUGAGGCCCAACAACGCGAAGGAGUGCGAGAUGAAGAUGGUCCUGGACGUGGCUCCAAAGAGAGGCGCCAAGGCCAAGAAGGAGAAGGUCGAGAGGAGGACGAUCUCGACGCAGAGCCAGGGUCAAGAGGACCGCCAGCAGAAGGGCUUGAGCGACAUCGCCAGAGCCCGCUAG